CACAGGUGUCCCCACCAUUGUUGAUGACUGUACCUGUGUUGACUGUUUGUUGGGCAGGGCGCAUUCGUAACCUAAGAAUUCCUCCAACAAUCGAAACAAAGCAAUUAAAAACAAUUAGUUUGGUUAGUGAGUGGCCGCGGUAAGAUGUUAUUGUGCUGAAUCGCGAUGAAGUACAAAAAAGAGGAGAUAAUGUGGUUGCUUGGCGUUUUGCUGUGUUUGAUGGGUGUCAACGGUCAAUACGAGUGGCAAGCCAGGGACCCAUUCGACGAAGUUAGCAGGGCGAUGAAGAAGAUAAACAAAGAUAAUUGCGAGAUACAACAUGUAGGCGACUUGUACCUGCCGGACGACGCCGUUUCGCAUCUUCCCGAUAUCAAGGAUAUCAACGUGAAUCCAGUUUUUCCGAAUAGAACGCAAUUGAUCCAUUUGCAUAACAUGGCGUUAAAUCGCGGUUUCUACUGGAGCUACAUCCUUCAAAGUAGGUUUAUUCGACCCACAAUCAACGACACCUACGACCCGGGUAUGAUGUACUACUUGUUAUCAACGGUGGCCGAUGUAUCCACUAACAUGCACGUAAACGCUAGUGCUGUUUACUUCUCCCCCAACAUGUCCUACUCAUCAUCAUACAGAGGAUUCUUCAACAAAACGUUCCCUAGAUUCGCACCCAGAACAUUCAGGGCGGACGAUUUCAACGACCCCAUUCACUUGGAAAGAAUUUCCACGCUAAACACCUUCACGGUCCACGAUUUGGGGGCUGUAAACCCCGACACAAGCAGCGACUACACCUCCGACUACUACAGAAUAAACGAGUGGUACAAGAAGUGGUUGCCCGACAAGGUCUCCGAAAGGCACGAUACAAAGACGACGUAUCAAAUCGAGAUUCGGUACGCGAAUAACACGAACGAGACGUACACCUUCCACGGGCCACCGGGGGCCGAUGAAAAUCCGGGGCCUGUCAAAUGGACGAGGCCCUAUUUCGAUUGCGGGAGAUCCAACAGGUGGAUGGUGGCAGCGGUGGUACCCAUCGCCGAUAUUUAUCCCAGGCAUACCGGGUUCAGACAUAUAGAAUAUCCAACGUAUACUGCAGUGUCUGUGGUGGAAAUGGACUUUGAAAGGAUAGAUAUUAAUCAAUGUCCUCCAGGAUUGGGUAACAAUGGUGCGAAUAAAUUCGCGGAUACAGCGCGAUGUAAAAAGGAAACCACUGAGUGCGAACCACUGCACGGCUGGGGCUUCAGACGAGGGGCGUACCAAUGCAGAUGCAGACCGGGCUACAGGCAACCUCUACAAGUCCGACGCCCGUACCUGGGCGAAAUAGUGGAAAGGGCCACCGCAGAGCAGUACUACAACGGAUUCGACUGCACGAAAAUCGGUUGGAUACAAAAAAUGCCCGUGCAGUGGGAAAAAUCGCAACCCUACAUAAGAAACCUGGUCUUGGACAGGCACAGAGAGUACCUGAACGCCACGUACGGACCUGCUUCGCUCAAGCAACCCAAAAUCAACAUCCACAGAGUGCUGGACUUCAUUUUGAACAUGAACAAGGACAACUGCAGGAGGUGGAGGAAGGAGGAGUUGCAGCUGGACGGAGGCAUAAUGUUCGGCGCCGAGGAGUUCUUCCAAAACGAGGCCAAGAUGGCGCUGAGGCUGGCCAACUUCAUCAGCGCGUUUCUGCAAGUGUCCGACCCGAAGGAAGUGUACUCGGGCAAACGGGUCGCCGACAAACCCUUAACCGAGGAUCAGAUGAUCGGAGAAACUUUGGCCAUAGUGCUGAGCAACACCCGCAUAUGGUCGGCCGGCACCUACUGGGACAGGAACAAGUUCACCAACAGGACGCUGUUCGCUCCGUACGCCUACAAAAAAAUCCCCAGCCCCAGGAAACUCAACAUCGAAGAUCUGGCCAGGCUGAACAAGACCGACGAGGUGUACCUAAACAAGCCGUGGUUCUUGUUCUUGAAGCAGCGCUGGGCUUCGAACUUCGACAACCUGGAGAAGUACUACAUGAAGAUCAGGAUCAGGUUCAACGAGACCGGGGAGACGACGAGGAAGUACGAGCACUUUCCCAACUACUACAGAGGCGCCAAGUUGGAGCACGGUUAUUGGACGGCCCCGUAUUACGAUUGCGAUGGCAAGGUGCCAAUGUGGAAGAUCGAUUAUAUCGCGCCGUUCUUCGGAUGGGACAGCCUGAAAGUCAAGCUGGAGUUCAAGGGUGUGGUGGCUGUUUCUAUGGACAUGUUAAAACUGGACAUAAACCAAUGCCCAGACAAGUACUAUGUACCGAAUACCUUCAAAGAUACCAACAAAUGUGACGCCAAAACUUCUUAUUGCGUUCCGAUUUUGGGUAGAGGCUUCGAAACCGGGGGCUACAAGUGCGAGUGCAAGCAAGGCUUUGAGUACCCGUUCGAAGACCCCAUCACCUACUACGACGGGCAGCUAGUCGAAGCUGAGUUCAGCAACCUCGUCGACAACAACGAAACGCGUUUCAACAUGUUCAAGUGUCGACUUGCCGGCGCAAGCAGCACGCAGGCCAGUAUUAUCACGAUACUGCUGCUAAUAUUUGUAACCUUUGGGAUUUAUGGAAGAUAGGAUUUUUUCUACACCCUGUAUAUGCAGAAUGAUUCCUGUUUUAUUGUCAAAUAUUCUACAUCAAAACAUGAGAACAUUGCCCUAGUAGCAAUGGAAUUGGACAAGAUUCUUUGUCAAGAUACUUGGAGAAGCACUUAGUAAAGAAUUGGACAAUUCUUGACCAAGACUCUUGAUCAAAAUUCUUUAUCCAGACUGGUGGCAGACUUGGACAAGUCUGUGACCAGAAUUUGACCAGAUUCUUGGCCAAGAAUUUUUACACGAUUACACGUUAAAUAGGAACUUUCAAUUCAAGAUUUUUGGUCAAUACAAAAUUUUGUUGAACUUCAAAAGUUAAGAAUGUUACUAAAAACAUUAAUUUUCCACGAUUUCUUUCCAGUAAAUUCGGCUUUUAUCCAUAAAUCUGGUAAACAAUAGUAAACAAAAUAAAUUUUGAAAGAGUUAAAGUUUUUAAUUUUCUAGGUUAAAAAAAAACCAGGUGCCCGUAAAAAUAAACAUGUAUUUUAUAAUCUUUCAUGUUCAUAAAGAGUAAACUAUAGUUAUGCGUCAGAGCUGACACACACUUUUUUUUUAAUUUUUAAUUUUUAGAAAUAACAAUUUUUAUUUUUCAAAAAAUCAAUUUUUUUCUCAGCUAGAAGACGAAUCCAAUAAGCUCUUAUUCGUAUUUUUACAUAAACAAAAACUAUACUCAUUUCCUACAGAGAACUCACUUCUCGUCUAGUAUACAUUAUUGUGAAUGAUACUACUGUAGAAUGAGAACCUCUACUCUAUAGGAUAGUCCCAAAGUUUAGCAAUAGAUGGCCUCAGAUUUCUGGUCAAAUUCUUGUCAAAUUCUGGCCAUAGUCUUGCCCAAUAAUCUUGGCCAAGAAUCUGGAACAAUUCUACAAUUCUUGAGCAAAAAUCUGUCCAAAGUAUCUUGACCUAUGCUGGGCCAAGACUUUUCCGGAAUUGCUACUAGGGUGGUACAUAAAUGGCAAUCUAUGACCAGUUGAACAAACAAAAAACUUAUAUUUUUGACAUUUUUUCUAAAAAUGGUUUUGAUGUAAUUUUUGAUACGUAAAAUACUUAAAUUAUAACGCAGGAAUCACCCUGUGUAUUUAAAUGCCUCAAAUAUAACAAAAUUAGUGCCUUUAAGUUAACAAAUUUUUGCACAAAAAAAUACUCUCCAUUUUUACUCUAUUUUAUACUGUAUUUUAGGAAAAUUAUAAUUUUUACCGUCCAACAUAUUUUUAUCAUGUAUUAUUAAGUUAAAUGUUAUUAUUAAUUUGUUGUAUAUUAUUGUAUCGUACUAUAUAGGCCGAGAUGCAAUUUAUUGUAUAUAUUUGCGAUUUUAUCUUAAAAAUGAGUACAAAAUAUGUAUUUAUAAUACAGUGAACAAGGAGAAAAAUAUAGAAAGUAAAUAUACAAGGUGUUUCAAAUAUAAAGAAAAAAAUCGAUUUUUUCAUCACCCUGUGGAUAAAACAAGUAAAAUGGAUUAAAUCGACUUUUUAAGCCUUUUAUCAAACACCCUGUAUAAUUGCUCCUAAACACCUUGUAAACCAAAGUAUAUUGUACUUUUUUAAUCUCUAAAAAGAAUCUUAAAUACUUAAGUCUGAAAUGUAAUCCGUCCACGAACGCGUUUUAUUUUAUUUUUGUAAAUUUUAUAUUAUUUGUAAGUUACAAAUUGUAUCUACAUACAUAAUAGCAUGUUUUUAUAUUACGAUUUAUCUUUUUACAUUGUUAGAUUUACAAAAGUGAAUGUGUUUUAAUAAAUCCAUUUAA